AAAAAAAGUAAAAAAUGACGGAAAUCCCUUAAACCCUUAAGUUUUCUGACUUCUCCCUUUCUCUCGCCGGAAACGCUCAAAAACAAAUACUACCACCAUAUAGUAGCUUCGUUGACUCAGUGAGUUCAUCUUUAGGGUUUUAUUUAACAGGAUUCAGCAAUGCGAGCUCUUCAACGAAUCUUAACAAACUUGUCGCAAAACUCACUUCCCAAACCCUUAAAAAAAUUCAACUUUGUCAAACCCUUUUCUACUGGCAAUAAUGAUUGGAGUUCCAAUUUCGGAGGCACCGGAUCAUCUACAGAUGAUUUGGGUUGGGAUGUGGGUUCGAAUUCAUGGUCUACUGGUUUAACAAAGGAGCAUUUCGAUGGAGAAGUUGUGGGCCGACACAUGGGUUCGGGUCCGCCUCCGGGUUCGGGCCCCAUAAAUGUACCAUCUGGCGGCCCGUCUGUUGGGGGGUUCAGUUCAGCUAGAUGGACUGAUGAAGAAAUGGAUAAAGUGAAGGAGCUUCAAGCCGAGAAUCGAAAAGGGAAAGCUUUUGUUGAUGGAUGGGAUGCGCGGAUGAAGGAUAUCAGUGUUUUGAUGAAGCAGGUAAUGGAGCCAGGUGCAAGGGGGUCUUAUUUGAAGGAUUCAGAGAAGACAGAAAUGUACAAGAAGCAUAAGGAGAACCCAGAGUUGUAUACUGUUGAGCGCUUAGCAAAAGAUUACAGGAUCAUGAGGCAGAGGGUUCAUGCAAUUCUGUGGCUUAAGGAACUUGAGGAGGAGGAAGAGAAGAAGCUUGGACGUCCAUUAGAUGACUCUGUAGAGCUCUUGCUUGAUACAUGCCCAGAAUUUUUCAAUUCUCAUGACAGGGAAUUUCAUGUUGCAACUCUUCCUUAUAAACCUGACUUCAAGGUCAUGCCUGAGGGUUGGGAUGGGACUACCAGGGAUCCUGAUGAGAUGCACUAUGAAAUAUCAAUGAAGGAAGAUGAGAUGCUGUAUCAAGAGUUUGUCCAGAGGAUGAACUUCAACAAGAUGAAGAUGGCGAAUAAAGUGAAAUGCCACAAGUAUAGCCGCAGGCGUCCUUCAAAUGGCUGGAAUUUCACUGUUGAGAUGCUAGGAUCUCGUGGCAAGCGUGGGAAUGGUGGUGGUUGGAAGUUCAUUAGUCAACCUGACGGUUCCAGCCGACCCCUUGAUGAGUUUGAGAAGAUGUUUGUCAAGAGAGAGACCCCACGCCGGCGGAAGAAAAUUCUCCCAUGAUUUUUCUGGCAUAAGGCAAGGUAGAUUCCAGUUAAAAGACAUGCUCUUAAAUUGCCAGAUUUUCUCAUAAGUGACACAUUUCAUGUGCUUUGGAAGGAUUUUUUUUUUUUUUUUUUUUUCGCCAGAGCCAGUAUGCUAUGUGUUAUAAAAUGUCUUUGCAGAUUGAUCGCAAGUAGUUCUUACGGCUCCUGUACCUCUCAUCAAAUUGGUUAAGUCAAAAGUUAUUGUGGAUUAUUUCUACCUCCAUAAUUUCACAUCGUUUUGUGAAAGAUUACUACAUCUGAUUUUGUAUGCUGUCUUUGCUAUUUCACUUUAGAUACUCUUCACAAGUUUUUAAA